CCGGGAGGCGGCGGCGGCGGCGGUCGGAGAGGGUCUCUGGCGGCAUUUCGGGGGCGCGGGGCGCAGCCAUGAGCGAGUCCAGUGCCAGUGCGCUCCCGCCCGGCAGGCCCAACAGGCAGGCCUUCAUCCACCAAGAGAGCCUCUCUUUGGACUCCAGUUGCUUUUCUUCUCCACCUGUGAAUUUCCUUCAAGAAUUGCCAAGUUACCGGUCUAUUGCUCGUAAGAGGAUGACCAUCCUUUCCCGGGACAAGCAAAGUGGCACUUUGCUGAAGCCAACAGACUCUUACAGCUCCCAGUUGGAGGGAGAAAUCACUGAAAACCUUGACAACUUAUCCAUUCGGAAAUACGCACUGAACAUCUCUGAGAAGCGGAGACUAAGGGACAUUCAGGAGACCCAAAUGAAGUACUUAUCUGAGUGGGACCAGUGGAAGCGGCAUAGCAGCAAGUCUUGGGAGAGGUUCAUAGAGAAGGCUUGCGAGAUGACAACCCACCUGGAGCUGUGGCGGGAGGACAUUCGCAGCAUAGAAGGGAAAUUUGGCACUGGAAUUCAGUCCUACUUCUCCUUCUUACGGUUUCUGGUAUUGCUGAAUUUGGUGAUAUUUCUGAUUAUCUUUAUGCUGGUUUUGCUCCCAGUCUUGCUCACCAGAUACAAGAUUACCAACAGCAGCUUUGUGCUCAUUCCAUCCAAAGGCGCGGAUAUUCAAUGCACAGUGUAUCCAAUAAGUAGUUCUGGACUCAUUUACUUUUACAGUUAUAUCAUAGACUUGCUUUCUGGCACUGGUUUCCUGGAGGGUACCUGCCUCUUUUAUGGACAUUACACCAUUGAUGGGGUGAAAUUUCAGAACUUCAUCUAUGAUCUGCCUCUGGCUUAUGUGUUAAGCACAGUUGCCUACCUGGCCCUGAGCCUUCUUUGGAUAGUGAAAAGGUCGGUGGCAGGGUUCAAAAGUAAUCUGAUCCGGAGCGAGGAGCACUUCCAGAGUUACUGCAACAAGAUCUUUGCGGGCUGGGACUUCUGCAUCACCAACCGCAGCAUGGCGGACCUGAAGCACAGCAGCCUGCGCUACGAGCUCCGAGCAGAUCUGGAGGAAGAAAGAAUACGGCAGAAAAUAGCAGAAAGGACCUCAGAAGAAACGAUACGGAUUUACUCUUUGAGACUGUUUUUGAACUGUAUCGUGCUGGCCGUUUUAGCGGCAUGCUUUUAUGCAAUCUAUAGAGCGACUAUAUUCUCUCAAGAACACAUGAAAAAAGAAAUUGACAAGAUGGUUUUUGGAGAGAACCUCUUGAUAUUGUACCUGCCUUCUAUUGUGAUCACGCUGGCCAAUUUUAUCACCCCAAUAAUCUUUGCCAAGAUCAUCCACUAUGAGGAUUAUUCCCCAGGCUUUGAGAUCCGGCUGACAAUCCUUAGGUGUGUUUUUAUGCGGCUGGCCACCAUCUGCGUGUUGGUGUUCACUCUGGGCUCCAAGAUUACAUCCUGCGAUAACUACUCGUGUGAGCUCUGUGGCUACAACCAGAAACUCUACCCGUGCUGGGAGACCCAAGUUGGGCAGGAAAUGUACAAGCUGAUGAUCUUUGACCUCAUCAUCAUCUUGGCUGUGACACUUUUUGUGGAUUUUCCUAGAAAGAUCCUGGUGACCUACUGUUCCUCUUGGAAGCUGUUUCAGUGCUGGGGACAGCAGGAGUUUGCUAUCCCUGAUAACGUUCUAGGGAUCGUUUAUGGGCAAACCAUUUGCUGGAUUGGAGCAUUCUUCUCACCCCUUCUUCCUGCAGUUGCAACCUUGAAGUUAAUUAUCAUCUUUUACGUGAAAGAGAUAAGUCUUCUUUACACCUGCAGACCCUCUCCGAGGCAGUUCAGAGCAUCUAAUUCUAAUUUCUUCUUCCUGUUGGUGUUGCUGAUUGGGCUGUGCUUGGCAAUAAUACCUCUGACAAUCAGCAUGGCACGAGGAGGGAUGCUCAGCCUGUGCUGCAGGCCUGGCCCUGAGCCCCGUGCUCUGUGUCCUGGUAGCAUCCCUUCCUCCAAAGCCUGUGGGCCCUUCACCAACUUCAACACCACCUGGGAGGUGGUCCCCAAGACGGUGAGCACCUUCCCCAGCUCGCUGCAGUCUCUGGUCCAUGGCAUCACGUCGGAAGCCUUCGCAGUGCCUUUCUUCAUGAUCAUCUGUCUCGUUAUGUUCUACCUCAUCGCCCUCGCAGGAGCACACAAGCGGGUGGUUGUCCAGCUUCGAGAGCAGCUGUGCCUGGAAAGUCGUGACAAGCGUUAUCUAAUCCAGAAACUAACAGAAGCCCAGAGGGAUAUGAGGAACCGGCUAGACUGACGGGGAGAUGCUGCAGCGUGCAGUUUGCAGGCUGGCCUGGUGACCUGCCAACCUACACCAUCCACCUGAGAUUUUAGCAGAAAUUUUUAAAUAUAAUUUUCUGGAGUUUGGGCCUUUCCUGAAAGUGGCUCCUUACGUGCAGCUCCAGUGCCUGUGUUUACAUAACCCAGCCCCUGUUUAAUGCUUUAGGGACUUAGAAAAGUAGGUUUGCCUGAGGCCUAGCAGCUCAGGCUCAACCAAAACACUGAAGCCAUUGAAGCUUUUCAGCCAAAAUUGCGGAGAGACCAUUUUACAAGCAUAUUUGUAUUGUCUUUUAAAGUUAAUUGUAGAGGUCAUCUAUUCAUGAGCCUGGGUUAGUUCUUUUGAGCCAGGUUCUGGGGGUUUAGGCUGAGAAGUGUUCCUUGAGAAGUAGUGACUCUCUAGGAUGGUUCCGUAGACUUAAAAUGGAGACUCGAUUUUUUUAAAGUGGAGAAACCCUUGAAUUGUGAUGUUUGGACCAGAUGGUGGGAGCAUGAAGAGGAUGGUUAUGUAAUUUCAGCUACAUGAUAAUAUGUAAUAUGAGAAUAAUAUUAUAGGAGAGAAAAGCCCUUCCUGCUGUGUGAAUAAGCAAGGCCCUGUGUACCCUGGAUUGAGCCCUCCAGCGGCAGGAUGGCAACCUGGAUUUCGUAGCUUCCUGGGCAUUUUGCUACAGCUUUGUUACGCAGGGCAAACUGCCUUUAAGGGCCUGGAUAUCCACAAAACUUCCGUCCCUCUAGCCCUGGGUUUGGAGACUUGGCAGAGUGCUAUCAAGAUUGAGAGGCAAAGUUUGUCUCUCAGUCUUCCAAAGGCCGUUUCCCUUCCUGCACUGAGGUCUCUGAAUGACACUUCAUGGUUCGGAGCCAGGCUGGAAAGGACUGUUGAGUCUUUGAGUGUUUUGGCAUGUGAGUUGCAGCAUCAGACCAGCCUGUGCCAGGGUACCAAACUAGACUGAAUGCUGGCGUCUUAAAUGUACAUAUUCAUAUUUUUAAGGGCUAUUGUUUCUCUUGUGCUUAAAAUUUUUAAUUUUAUUUUACAAAAACAUGCAGAGUAUCUCUUCGGAUUUCCGUUACCAUAAAAACCGUAUGCAAUAAAUACCUCAUCAUAAGCUUACCUGAAAUUGAUAGCUUUAAACCUUUUAAUAUAAGCCUAGACUAUGUAACUGCUUUAAUGUAAGCAGUUUUCAUUCUAAUACCUUCAGAAUCUUUUUCAAAGUACUCUAGUUUUGUAACGGACUGUUUGUGCCCUCCUUCUAUUGUUUUCCUUCCUUUCAACUGGCUCUAAACCUUUCCUGGAGGUAGCCUGGAAUUUAAAGGUGGGUGCAGGUUUUAGAAAGCUGCUGCUGUGAAGACUGUUUCCCACCCUCCCCCCAUUAUUCAAAAAUGAUUGAUUCCUUGCUCUGAGAAGCAAAACAAGCUCACCAUAGUUAACAUAUUUCUGUAUAAUUGUCCCUU